UUAGGGUUUCUCAGCACCCUGCAAGUAUCCAGAGAGGGACGGCGGAGCUCGACUCGGGGUAUCCUGAGAAAGAAACAAAGCGGAGAAAGAGAGAAAAUGGGCGUCUUCACGUUCGUGUGCAGGAGCUCCGGCGACGAGUGGAGCGCGAAGCAGCUUUCCGGCGACCUCGAGGCCUCGGCCUCCUCCAGCUACGAGCUCCAGCGCCGCCUCGUCCAGGCUGCCGUCAACGCCGACACGUCGGGUGGCGUCCAGUCUUCCUUCUCCUUGAUCACCCCCUCCUCCGCCGUCUUCCAAGUCAUAAUUGGUGGAGGUGGUGGCGGAGCAUUCAUUGGUGCCGCGUCAGCUGGUGGUGCUGCAGGAUCUGCAGGCGGUGGCGGCGGCGGUGGUGCUGCUGCCGAGGCGCCUCCUGCUGAGGAGAAGAAGGAAGAGAAAGAAGAAAGUGACGACGACAUGGGAUUCUCACUAUUUGACUAGACUAGAUGCGCCGCCUAGUCUUUCUUUUUUUUUUUUUUUUGCUUUAAUAGGAGUCCAUUGAUGGAUCUUGUGUUUUGCUUUGCUUUGGAUAUUUCCUAGGAAUUUUUUUAGGUAAUGAAGAUUUUGAACAAUCAUGGGGUUGGUCAUGGUCAUCACAUUUGAGUGAAAUUAUUGGCCUGCCUCCUGGUGUUUCUUCAUAUGGACCCCUUCUUUCGUGAGAAGGGUUAAUUGCAAAUUUAGUUUCUAAAUUUGGAUUCUAAUUUCAAUUUUAGCGACUUUCUCAACUGCAACAAUCGAGUCCUAAAAGUUGUUUUGGAUAGCAAUUAUUUAUUUUUUAUAUAGCGAUGCCGUCCAUA